UAAAAAAAUGGGUUCAUAUGCACAUGUGUGCAGGACGUGCCCUCUCUAAACGGAACGAGGCUACUCCAUGCCGCGAUCACAAAACUCAACCCCCUGAAAUCUCCCUCUCGUCUUCUCGUAUGCCGCCCACCCUCCGCGCCAUCCUCGCGGCCCCGAGCCCUCUCCCCGCGCGCUCGCUCCCCGCAGCCCAAGCCCUCCUCCUCACCUCGGGCCUCGCCGCUGACGCCGCCGUCCUCGCGCAUUUCGCCAGGCACCUCGCCUCCGCGACGCGCGCGCCCGCGGACGCCGUCCGCGCGCUGCUCCGCCUCCGCCCCCGCCCGCGCUGCGCGCACCCGUUCAACGCCCUCAUAUCCCACCUCACCCUCUCCGGCGACCCGUCCGCCGCGUUCCGCGCCUUCGCGGUCCUCGCCGCGGGCGGCGACGCCGGGCGGCCCGACGGGUACACGCUCCCGGCCGCGCUCAAGGCGUGCGCGCGGCUCGGCGGCGGCCUCCGCGAGGGCCGCCAGGCGCACGCGGUCGCCGCCAGGGGCGGGUUCCUGGGGCGCCUCCCCGUCCGCAACGCGCUGGUCACGCUCUACGGCGCGUGCGGUGAGUGCGGCGACGCCAGGAGGGUGUUCGACGAAAUGGCGGGGCGGGACGUCGUGUCCUGGACCGCCCUGGUGUCCGCGUUCGUCAGGGGACGGAGGUUCGCCGAGGCUCUCGCGGUGUUCGGCGAGAUGGACGUUGUGCCCAACGAGGGGACGUUGGCUAGCGCGCUGGUCGCGUGCGGGAGGCUGGGGGCUGUGCACGCUGGGAAGGCCGUGCACGGGCGGUGUCUUAAGAGGGAGAGGGGGCUGGAACUCAUCGUUGGGAAUGCUUUGCUAGAUAUGUAUGUCAAGUGCGAGAAGUUGGAUCUUGCAAGGCGGGUGUUCGACAGGCUCUUGGUGAGGGACAUUGUAUCUUGGACGGUCAUGAUAAGUGGUUUGGUCCACUGCAGGCUUCCGAGCGAGGCAUUGGAGCUGUUCAAUGGGAUGCAGACAUCAGGGGUGAAGCCAGAUAAGGUUGUUCUCUCCACUGUCCUCUCAGCUUGUGCGAGCUUAGGCGCGCUGGAGUCUGGGAGGUGGGUGCAUAAAUAUAUAGAGCGUAAAGGCAUCGAGUGGGACGUGCAUGUGGGGACAUCAUUGGUUGAUAUGUACGCAAAGUGCGGGUGCUUGGAAACUUCUCUUUCAAUCUUCCAUAAGAUGUCCAUCAAGAAUGUAUCAUCUUGGAAUGCGUUGAUCAAUGGGUUCGCAUUGCAUGGUCAUGGUAGGGAAGCUCUUGUGUACUUUGACAGGAUGGUGGCUUCAGGCUUGCCCCCCAAUGAAGUCACCUUUAUAAUCGUCCUUGGUGCUUGCUGCCACACAGGUUUGGUGCAACAAGGCCUUGGGUUGUUUAAUUUGAUGAAAAAUUCGUACAAGCUCUCGCCAUGGGAAGAGCAUUACGGUUGCAUGGUUGAUCUUCUUGGCAGAGCUGGGCUCAUCCAAGAAGCAUAUGGUUUAAUUAAGGUCAUGCCUAUGACGCCUGCUGUGUCCACGUGGGGAGCCCUGCUGAGUGCAUGCCAAGCUCAUGGGCGUGUAGAGUUCUCACAGCAGAUUCUAAGGCAUGUCCAUGAGCUGGAGUCCUCUGGGAGUGGGGUUUAUGUACUCCUCUCAAAUUUAUAUGCUCUGAAUGAUAGAUGGACUGAUGUAAAGAGGGUGAGAGGGCUGUUGAGUGCAAAAGGCUUGUGGAAGGAGCCAGGAUCCAGUUUGAUUGAGGUGAAUGGUAAGACCAGUGAAUUUGUAGUUGGACAGACGAACCAUCAAGAUAUGGAUGCGAUAUGUGCAACGCUUUUCAUGCUAAUGAGGCAAAUACAUUUGGAUGGGCUGUAAUUCUUCAGGCAGAUUCUCAGUUUCCGUUGGAGAUUUGAUCUCAUGCAUUCAGAAAAUAUCUACUGAUUUAGUUGGUCCUAGGGACUGGAUAUCAACUUUAGUAAUAAUUGCACAUUGUUAGCAUCAUCUGGUUACACCUAUUUCUGUGGGUGAAUGGUGAUCAGAUCUAACCUUGGAAUGACUACUGCACAUUUAUAUUUCAUUGUUUGUUGCUCUUGUGCUUAUGAAGCUUUUCUGGCGUUAAAAAUCUGAACAGCCAAGUGGAGUACAAAGUUAGCCAGACUUGAUUAACAAUGAAUAUUAGCCAUUUGUUGGGUGCCUCUUGGAGUAUUCUGCCCCUCUUCAGUUCUUGAACAUGAUUGAUGGUGAAUUUCAGCAUCAGAACUCCUGGAUGGACGAAUGGACUCUGACCCUUAAAAGGCACUGGUACAAACCCAGACUAAUUUGUAACCGUUUUAUACAAGGUGAGGUAAAAAGUUGCUGAAACUUUUACAUCAGAUUGAGUUGAGACUGGUAGAGUUUCUACCCUGCACAUAACUGCGCCAAGAGCGAUGCAGAAUAUACCAGCCUUGUAAACAUGCCUGUUAACUGUUAUUCGCCUCUGAAGUUAUCCUGAAGCCUAGGAGGUGAAGUGUUCUGAAGGAGUAUGAAACAUCAUUAGUUCUUUGUUCUGCUAUCUUUCACUCAACUUGUUAGUUGAUGAAGGGCAUCUGCUUUUUAACAUGACAGAGACAGUUGUUGGAUAUGUCAUAAUUAUAUAUUCCUCAUUAAAGAAGAAGAUAAACUGUUGUUCAAGGUGACAUUAACACUGCUGCCACAGGGGGUCCAAGAGCAUAAAGUGCGGAGAAGUCUCUUGUAUUGAAAUUUGGUCUCCAUCCUGGUGCAUAUAUUGUUUGCCGGACAGAUUGGCGGAAGAGUACAAAAGCAAAGCGAUGUAUUCCUGCAGUUGGUUUUGGGCUUUCAUAACUGACGACUUCAUUUCCUGUAACAAAAUGUGUGCUAACAUGUUAAAAAAAGUGAGUUCAUUCUAGUACGU